GCGCGCUCGGCGACAUCCACCCCUCGCCGGCACAACUCGUUCGCAACCCGGCAACCACCGCUGGGGCGAGGCCGUGCCCGGGCCCUCCUUCCCAGCCCCCCGAGCCCGGCGCGGGCCUGGCGAGGCGGCGGAGCGAAGCUGGCUGCGGAGAGAGGAGGCAGCCGCCGCCGGAGGCCAACAGACCUGGAAAAAAGACUUUGUCUUGGAGCUAACUCCUGAGCAUUCUGAGAUCAUUCAUCAUGAAGUAUGUAGUGCAGGAAUGGCUCGGAGUAACUACCUUGCUAUUCAUAGCUCAAGCAGUUUCUGCAAUGGUUCUUCCCAAUGCCACGCUCUUAGAGGAACUUUUGGAAAAAUACAUGGAUGAAGAUGGUGAGUGGUGGAUCGCCAAGCAGAGAGGGAAAAGGGCUAUCACAGACAGUGAUAUGCAAAGUAUCUUGGAUCUUCAUAAUAAGUUACGGGGUCAGGUGUAUCCACCAGCUUCCAAUAUGGAAUAUAUGACAUGGGAUACAGAACUGGAGAGAUCUGCAGAAUCAUGGGCUGAAACGUGUCUAUGGGAGCACGGGCCUGCAAGCCUCCUUCCGUCCAUUGGACAGAAUUUGGGUGCACACUGGGGAAGGUACAGACCUCCAACAUUUCAUGUCCAAGCAUGGUAUGAUGAAGUGAGAGAUUUCACAUAUCCACAUCCUCAUGAAUGCAACCCAUAUUGUCCUUACAAAUGCUCUGGCCCUGUUUGUACACAUUAUACACAGGUUGUUUGGGCUACAAGUAGCAGAAUAGGUUGUGCAAUUAAUUUGUGUCAUAACAUGAACAUCUGGGGACAGAUUUGGCCAAAAGCUGUCUAUCUUGUAUGCAAUUAUUCUCCUAAAGGUAACUGGUGGGGUCAUGCUCCUUAUAAGCCUGGCCGUCCUUGUUCUGCAUGUCCCCCUAGUUUUGGAGGAGGUUGCAGAGAAAAUCUUUGUUACAGAGAGGGUUCAGAGAGGCCUUAUUCUCCUCAUGAGCCAGAAGAGGAAACCAAUGAGAUUGAACGGCAACGAUCCAAAGCCCAAGAUGCAACAGCACAAAGCCGACCAAGAACUCAUUCACCUUCAGGUUCCACAGGCAGUGAGGACAGUGAGAAAAAUGAAGUAAUAAGCACACAGCAAAUGUCUCAGAUUGUUUCAUGUGAAGUAAGGUUAAGAGAUCAGUGCAAAGGAACAACUUGCAAUAGGUAUGAAUGUCCUGCUGGCUGUUUGGAUAGCAAAGCCAAAGUUAUUGGAAGUGUACAUUAUGAAAUGCAAUCCAGUAUUUGUAAAGCUGCCAUACAUUAUGGAAUCCUAGACAAUGAAGGUGGUUGGGUUGAUGUCACAAGGCAAGGAAGAAAAAAUUACUUCAUCAAAUCUUACAGAAAUGGCAUUCAAUCAAUUGGAAAAUACCAAUCUGCUAAUUCCUUCACAGUCUCUAAAGUAACAGUUCAAGCUAUCACCUGUGAAACAACAGUGGAACAAUUGUGCCCAUUUCAAAAACCAACUUCACACUGUCCAAGAGUGUAUUGUCCUCACAACUGUAUGCAGGCAAAUCCACACUACGCUCGAGUCAUCGGAACACGAAUUUAUUCUGAUAUAUCCAGUAUUUGCCGGGCAGCUGUACAUGCUGGCGUAGUCCGCAAUGAGGGUGGCUAUGUUGAUGUUAUGCCAGUAGACAAAAGAAAGGUGUACAUUGCUUCCUUCCAAAAUGGCAUAUUUUCAGAAAGUUUACAGAAUCCUCCAGGAAGCAAGGCAUUCAGAGUAUUUGCUGUUGUUUGAAUCAAGCAAGUGGACUAUAAAACAGGCAAGUGAAACCAUGGCACUUGGAAGAGAAUACUAAAGACCAUUUCUUAUCAUUGCUAAAAUUUGUAUAAAACUGUAACAUUCUUGUACAGAAGAUAUAUACUGCUUCCCACAAAAAAACCUUUAAAUUACGUAUAAAUUUGAAUGAAAAAAAUCUUUAAACAUGGGAGAAGAAUCCAUUUGAAAAUUUAUAUUGAUAAAUAACAGUAUUUUGAAUCCUGUGUUAAAUAUUGCUAUAUUUUCUUAGCAGUUACUCCUAGACAGCUAAUUCAAAACUCAUAAAUGUUCUGUGUUUUCUUCAUCCGAAAAUAUUAUUGUAUGGUGCUUUAUAUAUGCCACUAACAGUAACCUUAAAAAUAGGGAGGCCUGAGGUUUUAUUUCUAAUGUACAUAAAAGAAGCCAUCCCAAUAAUUCAGUAUAACAAAUCAUGCCUUAAAGUAAAAUAAAAAUAUAUAUAACUUUUUGAUGAUUUACAGUAGCAUUAGCCAUGCAAGCAGAAAUGAAGAGCUAGACAGUUUUCCAUUUUCACACAAAUCAUAAUCAAAUACAAUUUUUAAAUAAAAUAGGAAAUACAGAGAAGUCCUUUAGAGAAAACAUAUUAGUAUAUUUUCCUCUAAACAAAUAUUUCUACAAGAGAGGACCAUUCAUAUUUGCUAUUUUUAAAAUAAAUUUAUGAAUACAAUGUUUAUUGAAUGCUGCUAAGCUCUUUAGUUCAAGGUACUGAUUCACUAUGGCCCAGUUCUUCACAUAUAUUAUCUUAUCGGGGCAGAUUGAGAGCGAGAUGUAUAAAACCUUGAAGGAUCUUAGUCUGAAAGUAAAUUUUCAUAUUCAGAAGUGGAGCAACCAUAAAUUAAGGCAUAAACCAUCAGAUCUGCGGUGCAGUUCUGCAUAGAUACGCUUUACUUUUACCACGUGACUCAUUCGAUUUACCUAAAUUGGGUUUCAGAAAAAAACAUAGAAUUGUAUGCGUGCAUAGUUAUUGGCAAGCUCGAGGGCUUAAGCUGUACAUGGUAUCCGCACACUAUACAAAAUUAUGAGGGUAGAUUUUAAGAAAAUAGCAAGCUUAUUCCUCAUGACCUGGCAAAUAUUCCUGCAGGCCAGGAAGUAUAGUGGCACGGAGCCCUGUGGCAAUUGUCAUUUGUUGCUUCACCAUUUUUUUGAAACUCAUUUAUGGUGAACAGCCUUGUGCAUUAAUUUUACCAUAUUAUGGUAUAUGGAGAACAUGUAAUGGUGAUACUAUGUUUCUUUCUAUGAAAAGUGUAUUGUGCUUUAAGACUGAAAAGCUGUUAAAAUUUAUUUUUGGUAUUUUUUUGUUUCUGUUGUUGAAUUUAUUUCCUUUCAAUUUGUAAACUGAUUCAUAUUCUUCAUACUUCAGAAUAUUAUAUUCUGCCUUCUGUUUUGCUACAUGUACUACCUCAUGUAGUUAGACGAGCUUUGUUAGUUUUUUUAAUCUGUUUUGAAUAAAAAUUAUUUACUUAGAAUUCA